AUGUCAGAAGUACUUUACCAGGCCACAAACUAUAUGAACGCCGAAGACGCGCUGUUGGCCCGAGAAGAGAGGCCAAAGAAAAGAGAGAGGCAGGAAGACACUCGGCAGGACCAAGGCCGAAAGAAAGCAAGGACGGGAGACCGAAGGGAUGAGAGGCGCCCUAAGCCCCUAGAGGGAAGAUUCACGAGCUUCACUCCGUUGACCGCCUCUAUAGAUCAAGUCCUUAUGCAAAUCAAGGACGAGGAGGCUCUGACGUUCCCGGGAAAGCUGAAGAGUGAUCCCAACAAACAUUCUAGGGAUAAGUAUUGCCGUUUCCACCGCAACCAUGGUCACGAUACGGCUGAUUGCUAUGACCUAAAGCAGCAGAUUGAGGCCCUCAUCAGACAAGAAAAACUGCAGAAGUUCGUUAGCAAGGAGAAAACGGAUCCACUCCCACAAUACCAACACCCCCAACGGGAUAAUAAGCGACCGAGGCCCCCGAUAGGGGACAUAAGGAUGAUCGUAGGAGGAACGGCUGUCGCCGGGUCAUCCAAAAAGGCUCGCAAAACCUACUUUCGGAUAGUACAAAAUGUUCAGCUGACGGGAGUUGUGCCGAAGAUAGCACGAAGAGAAGGCCCCAUAAUCGAGUUCUUAGAAGAGGAUGCACGACGCCUUCACCAUCCACAUGACGAUGCGCUCGUCGUCAGCUUACGGGUAGAAGACUACAACAUCCACCGGGUGUUGGUCGACAACGGCAGUUCAGCAGAUAUUUUAUACUACCCGGCGUUCCAGCAGAUGAGGAUCGACAGGGAGCGAUUGAUUCCAACGAAUGCCCCGCUUGUGGGCUUCGGAGGGAGCCGAGUAUUCCCCCUGGGCGCGAUCACAUUGUCCGUAAUGGUAGGCGACUACCCUUAG